GUAUAUAGUCCACUUUAAUAUCCUUCCAUUGAUAUGCAAUUCUCCAGUAAAUGUAUUCUGAGUAUUUCAGAAAAUAGCAGCGCUGCUGAACAUCCUGGAGGAAACAGAGUUACAGAGAAUUGAGGAAGAGGAACCAGACCUCAGACAUAGAACCAGAGCAUCAGCUAGACUUCUGACACAGAACCAGACCAGAGCAUCAGAGACCAGAGCAUAAGAGACCAGAACAUCAGAGACCAGAACAUCAGAGACCAGAACAUCAGAGACCAGAACAUCAGAGACCAGAGCAUCAGAGACCAGAACAUCAGAGACCACAACAUCAGAGACCACAACAUCAGAGACAACAACAUCAGAGAAUAGAACAUCAGAGACCAGAACAUCAGAGACCACAACAUCAGAGACCACAACAUCAGAGAACAUCUCAGACAAUACAAUCUUCAGCAUCUCAACCAUCUCUGAACCAUGAAGACCCUGACUGCUCUACUCCUCCUGGGACUGCUCUGCUCCCUGCAUAUGACGUCUGCACAGGGUGUCAUCGCGUUGGAAACGUCAACUGACUGCUGUAUGAAAUUCAGCGCGAGGAUCCCUCUUCAACAAGUGGUUUCUCUCAGAACAACCUCCAGUAGCUGCCCUCGCAAAGCACUGAUUUUCACCACAAAGAAAGGGAAGACAUUUUGUGUUGACCCUUCUGAAGCCUGGGUCCAGAGUCAUGUGACCAAGAUUGAGAGCAGACCACAAUGAUGUCAUCAACCACCAUCACCCCCUAACACUCCAACCCCUUGUUGGUGAACUAUAAAGGGAAUAGGUUGCCAUUAGUGACGCAAACCUUGUCAUGCAUGUCAAUACCCUAUCUGAGAUUGGUAUGGAUUAGGUUCAAUGUAAUGUACUAGGUUAAUAUCCUAUCUGAGAUUGGUAUAGAGGAGGUUCAAUGUAAUGUACUAGGUUAAUAUGCUAUCUGAGAUUGGUAUGGAUUAGGUUCAAUGUAAUGUACUAGGUUAAUAUCCUAUCUGAGAUUGGUAUGGAUUAGGUUCAAUGUAAUGUACUAGGUUAAUAUCCUAUCUGAGAUUGGUAUAGAGGAGGUUCAAUGUAAUGUACUAGGUCUAGGAUAUACUAAUUGUUUAUUUUUCAAUAACUGUAAAAUAUACUUGACAUGUAACUAUUCAGUAACCUAUUUAAUAUUUUAUAUUUUGUAAAGCCGUUAAAAUUUCAAACAUCCUGUGAAAGAGUGGUUAAUAUGAUUCAAUUCAUGUAUUAAUGGAUAUAUAUGGGUUGUAACUAGGUCUAAUCUACUGAUAUAUAUAUUGGUGGUUGUAACUAGGUCUAUUCUACUGAUAUAGAUAUUAAUGGGUUGUAACUAGGUCUAUUAUACUGAUAUAGAUAUUAAUGGGUUGUAACUAGGUCUAUUCUACUAUACUGAUAUAGAUAUUAAUGGGUUGUAACUAGGUCUAUUCUACUGAUAUAGAUAUUAAUGGGUUGUAACUAGGUCUAUUCUACUGAUAUAGAUAUUAAUGGGUUGUAACUAGGUCUAUUCUACUAUACUGAUAUAGAUAUUAAUGGGUUGUAACUAGGUCUAUUCUACUGAUAUAGAUAUUAAUGGGUUGUAACUAGGUCUAUUCUACUGAUAUAGAUAUUAAUGGGUUGUAACUAGGUCUAUUCUACUAUACUGAUAUAGAUAUUGAUGGGUUGUAACUAGGUCUAUUCUACUGAUAUAUAUAUUAAUGGGUUGUAACUAGGUCUAUUCUACUAUACUGAUAUAGAUAUUGAUGGGUUGUAACUAGGUCUAUUCUACUGAUAUAGCUAUUAAUGGGUUGUAACUAGGUCUAUUCUACUGAUAUAGCUAUUAAUGGGUUGUAACUAGGUCUAUUCUACUAUACUGAUAUAGAUAUUGAUGGGUUAUAACUAGGUCUAUUCUACUGAUAUAGAUAUUGAUGGGUUGUAACUAGGUCUAUUCUACUGAUAUAGAUAUUGAUGGGUUGUAACUAGGUCUAUUCUACUGAUAUAGAUAUUAAUGGGUUGUAACUAGGUCUAUUCUACUAUACUGAUAUAGAUAUUAAUGGGUUGUAACUAGGUCUAUUCUACUGAUAUAGAUAUUGAUGGGUUGUAACUAGGUCUAUUCUACUGAUGUAGAUAUUAAUGGGUUGUAACUAGGUCUAUUCUACUGAUGUAGAUAUUAAUGGGUUGUAACUAGGUCUAUUCAACUGAUGUAGAUAUUGUAUUUUUCUACUAUACUGUCAACUGUUGUGCAUCUGUUGUUUUUUAAAUAAAUGAAGCCUUCUGAAGAA